AUGGUUUGGAUUACACUGGUCCUCUUGUUCCUCCAGUUUCCUUCCCUCAAUGCUGAGGAACAGGUCGCAAAUGGGUUGUACACUGAGAAGAACCCGAGCAGCUUUGUGGAUUCAGCGCAGAGUAACCAGAGCAGGCUUGUGGUCAAAGAGCCAUCCCUGCCCAUCAAUGAACUGUUGGAGAAGAGCAGCAGAACCAGCGAGUCUAAAUUCACCCAUCAUUCUUUACCGGCGGGUGUUUGGCCAAAACACGGAGACCUGUCACCUGUCCCGCGUCACCACAUUCCUCACAACAAGAGCAAGAAGAGCUCAAAGACCGACCAUCUGGUGGAGCUCAUCUCUGACAAAAACAGAGGAGACGCCGCUGGUCUUCUACCUAAAACUCCGUUGAGUGGAGCAACAGCUGCCAACCGAACCCUGCAGAGAGCCAACCAGGACCCCCUCCUGAGCCUUCCACGCCAGGGUGAACCAGAUGGUCCUCCGAACUCCAGACCUAAGAGUCCCCCUCACCCUCAGCCAGCUCAGCCUCAUCAGCCGGCUUCUGCGCCACAGAGAGAUCCUCCUAGCAGACAUCUGGACCCAGAGGAGAACCGCCCCGGGAAGUCCGGGCAGCACCAGUCAAGUAUCAGCCCAGGGAAUCACAAUAACAGUCGCCCACAUGCCACCUUCAAUCGCCGCUCCUCCAGUCUGCUCUACCAGUUUGACAUCUUGAAACGAGAGUCGGAGUUCAGCCACGACGCCUACUGCUUAAGUGAGUGCAAGAAAGAGAAGGAUGAGAAAGAGUCCUACUGCUACAGCGAGUUUGCGGUCAACGGGAUCGUGCACGACAUCGACGUGCUGAGAAAAGGGAUCCGAAUCAUCACGCUGAUGGUGAGCAGCGAAGGCUUCUACAAGAUGAGUCGACUCUUCGUGUCCCCCGACAGCUUCUUCUUCAAAGUGCGCCUUCUAGUGGUGGACACGUACAAGUGCAGCAAGCCCUGCCCCGACAUCAAGCUUGGAACCAGGUACAUCGUAAUGGGUCACAUUUACCACCGGAGGCGUCACCUUCCAAGUGACCUCCUCACCUUGCUGGGUGCGAAGCUGAAGCCGGGCGACGGACUGCUCAAGAGCAACAGCUACGUGAAGAGAUUCAACAAACGGAGACAUCAGAAAGCACUGGAGGCCUCACGCUCCAGGUGCAGGUGAAGCAGAGGCACUGCUGCGGCGUGAACUGUUGAUACCUCUCAGUGUUGCGUGUGUGAAGAUGAAAUUAUUUUUAUAUGAACCGUAGUCGCUCAUCCGUAUGACAAAUACGUACACCAGUUGAAGACAAACAUUCAUGGCUGGAACAUGAAGUCUCAAUAGGAGGUUUGACUGGAGCAUGUAUCUCUUCUGGAUGAGAGGAGUUAUGAAGUUCUAUCUGGAGAAGAGUUGAGUUAUCGACAAAUAGAGUAGAACCAUUGUCUCACUGUUCAAUAACCGUAUUUUUGAGGCUCAUACCCUCAUCUACCACAGGCUGAAGUGGACUCCAUCACAAAGUGACCUACUAGGUGUGAGCUCAGUUAACUCCAAGAGUCUGGUUCUCAUGUUUGGAAAUUAGAUCCAAGAAAGAUCUUGUCAUGGAGAAAGCUGAGGAGGAACUGUUCAGUCCGUGUUCCCACACUCACCAGAAAAAAUGACCAAAAUGAGUUCAAGAAAAAGGUUGAUAGCCAUCGGCGAAAAGCUCAGACUAGAACCUAUGAUCUUCCUCAUGGAGAGAAACCAGUUGAGUUGGAAGGACACCCUGAGAAAUCUCCCCUGCUAGUCGUGUUUCAUCACUAAACUCAACUUGAUCUUGCAACCUGGACAGUGAGACAAAUUUUCUUGGGUUCUAACUGAGCUUUCAUUGUAGAAUCUUUGUUUAGCUAAGACCCUAAUAGUCAAUGGGGGGGGUUCUUUUUCCCAGUUUAGUGAUUGAUUCACUGUAGACUGAAUAAAAAUUAGUUCCAGGUCUAAAUCUGAAUCCCAAUUUGUAAGCCAUUUUGUUACAAACCUGGGACAAACAAAACUACAAACAUAAAACUACUAACAGCAUAAAAAAAUGGAAUUUAAGGUCCCAAAUCACGUUGAAUUGUAACGUAAAAUCCAGAAUGAUACAGGGUGAAACAAAUGAAAAGUCAAAACAAAUGUGGAUUUGAGACUCAACGUGGGCAAACUAACAGUCAAAAACACUCAUUCUUCAGUCCAAGUGAGUGGGUUUGAGUCUCACUUUGUAUCAGUUAACAGUGAAAUAUGAAAUAAGUUCUCCUGCUGGCCAGUUAUGUACUUCCGAUGUUGCCUUUACAAACAUGGUCACAAUGAUGCCUUUAAAAUGUGGGUCAAAAGGGAGGUCAACUCCCAUUUUUAGGUAAUGCCUGGGAGAAACGUUACCUUGGGUUUUACAUUGUUACAUUGUUAUCGAUUACAGAGGACUGAUCCAU